AUGUCGACUGAGAAGAAGAGUUCAGGUGUAGACGCAGGUGCACGCGACAAUACCCCGCCUAUUAACAGCACUCAACCUUCCCAUCACGAACAUCUCGCACAACGUGAAAGUACCGCCGAACCCUCCUAUGUUAGGCCAUCAGACCUUUUGCGUCCACGCCAGUCAGUCAAACAUGACCGUCCAAUAGACAAAGACGAACGAUCGGGCCUGAAAGCGAUCAGGGACUUCCUGCGACACCGAAACUGCUACGAGGUCCUUCCUCUCAGCUUCCGUCUGAUCGAGCUCGAUGUCGGCCUCACCGUCAAAGAAAGUCUCAGUAUCCUCGUCCAAUGCGGUAUCGUCUCUGCGCCGUUAUGGGACUCGCAAACCUCGACUUACGCCGGACUGCUGACUGUCAACGACUAUCUCAACGUCAUCCGCUAUUACAAUCUGCACACAGAUCAGCUUAAGAAUGUUGACAACCUGUUGUUGAGUGAUCUCAAGGAGGUUGAGCACGUUCUUCAAGUCAAGAGUCCUGAAACCAUAUCUACCUCUCCAGAAGCUAUCCUCUACGAUGCGCUUCGGAAACAGCUCAUCUCCAGAGCGAGACGUAUACCUCUCGUCAGCUACGAUUCCGAAUCAGCAAGAACCAUGGUCGUCUCCGUCAUCACCCAAUACAGAAUCCUCAAAUUUAUCGCUAUGAACGUGGACGAGACAGAUAAAUUGCAUGUCCUCCUCAACGUCUUCGAAGCAGUCGACGUCAUAGAACUACUCAAAGGCGGCGACUACAGCAACCUCAACUGGUCCGUCGGCAAGGCCCUCGCACAAAGACCUAAAAGCCAUCCUGGUGUCUACACUUGCUCUUUGCAAGACGGUCUCGACACAAUUUUCGAGACAAUCAAGAAAUCAAGAGUCCACCGCUUGACCGUUGUCGAUGAGCAUAGUGUGCUGGUCGGCUGCAUAUCACUUAGCGAUAUUUUACAGUUCUUGCUGGUAGAUGGACCGGAGGAUUGA